AUGAGCGUUUCUGAUAAGGAAUUGUUCGAACUAAACAAGAAGGCCGUGACUGAAGGCUUCAAGAUCAAGCCGAGACUGAACUAUAACACCGUUGGCGGUGUUAAUGGACCACUUGUCAUCUUGGAGAAUGUCAAGUUCCCACGUUAUAAUGAGAUUGUGAACUUGACGCUGCCAGACGGGUCUGUCAGGGCAGGACAGGUGCUUGAAGUGCGUGGCGACCGUGCUGUGGUCCAGGUGUUCGAGGGUACCUCUGGAAUUGAUGUCAAGAAGACGCGUGUCGAGUUCACCGGGCAGAACUUGAAGAUCCCUGUUUCUGAAGAUACGCUUGGUCGUAUCUUUGACGGUUCUGGUAGACCAAUUGACAACGGCCCAAAGGUGUUUGCCGAGGACUACUUGGACAUCAACGGGUCUCCUAUCAACCCAUACGCCAGAAUCUACCCGGAGGAGAUGAUUUCGACAGGUAUCUCGGCCAUUGACACAAUGAACUCCAUUGCCAGAGGCCAAAAGAUUCCAAUCUUCAGUGCGUCUGGUUUGCCACACAACGAAAUUGCAGCUCAAAUCUGUAGACAAGCCGGUUUGGUGAGACCUACAAAGGAUGUCCAUGAUGGUCACGAGGAGAAUUUCUCCAUUGUGUUCGCCGCUAUGGGUGUCAACUUGGAAACUUCCCGUUUUUUCAAGCAGGAUUUCGAGGAGAACGGAUCCCUGGAGAGAACAUCGUUGUUCCUUAACCUGGCCAACGAUCCAACAAUUGAGCGUAUCAUUACUCCAAGACUGGCGUUGACCACUGCUGAGUACCUUGCGUACCAAACUGAACGUCACGUCUUGACCAUCUUGACCGAUAUGUCUUCCUACGCCGACGCCUUGAGAGAAGUCUCUGCUGCAAGAGAAGAAGUCCCAGGUAGAAGAGGUUAUCCAGGUUACAUGUACACAGAUUUGUCCACCAUUUAUGAAAGAGCAGGUCGUGUCGAAGGCCGUAACGGUUCCAUCACACAAAUUCCAAUCUUGACGAUGCCAAACGAUGAUAUCACACAUCCAAUUCCAGAUUUGACAGGUUAUAUCACGGAGGGUCAAAUCUCAGUCGAUAGACAAUUGCACAACAGAGGUAUCUAUCCACCAAUCAACGUUUUGCCAUCCUUGUCGCGUCUUAUGAAGUCUGCCAUUGGUGAAGGUAUGACCAGAAAGGACCACGGUGAUGUCUCUAACCAGCUUUAUGCCAAAUAUGCCAUUGGUAGAGACGCUGCUGCCAUGAAGGCCGUUGUCGGUGAGGAGGCCUUGUCGACGGAGGACAAGCUGUCGUUGGAGUUCUUGGAGAAGUUUGAGAAGACCUUCAUCUCCCAGGGUGCCUACGAGAACAGAACCGUGUUUGAGUCCUUGGACCAGGCCUGGUCAUUAUUGAGAAUCUAUCCAAAGGAGAUGUUGAACAGAAUCUCGCCAAAGAUCCUGAACGAGUUCUACGACCGUUCCAGAGGUAACGAGGAGGCUAAGCAAGAUGAGGCCGAGCUCGACAGAGCCGAGGACAACUUGAUUGAUGCUUAA